AUGCCUCCAAAGAAGAACAAACAACCAAAACCAGCUAAGAAGAAAGACAAUGUUGAUAAAACGUUUGGUAUGAAAAACAAAAAUAGAUCUUCCAAAGUCCAAAAAUAUAUUAAACAAGUUCAAUCUCAAGCCGAUCCAUUAAAAGAAGAAAUGAAGAGAAAGAAACAGCAAGAAAAGAAAAUGAGAGAAGCUGCGGAAGCUGAAAGAAGAGCUUUGUUUAAUCCUGUUGUUGAUCAAAGAGUCAGAGCCGGAGUAGAUCCAAAGACUGUUGUUUGUGCCUUGUUCAAAAUGGGUAAUUGUAAUAAAGGUUCCAAAUGUAAAUUUUCCCAUGACUUAAAUGUUGGUAGAAAAGUGGAAAAGAAGGAUCUAUAUCAAGAUAUUAGAAAAGAAAGGGAAAAGGAUACAAUGGAUUCAUGGGAUGAAGAGAAAUUGAGAAAAGUCAUCUUGUCAAAGCAUGGUAAUCCAAGAGCCACAACUGAUAAAGUUUGUAAAUAUUUCAUUGAAGCAGUUGAAAAUGGUAAAUACGGUUGGUUUUGGGUCUGUCCAAAUAAUGGUGAUAAAUGUAUGUACAGACAUGCGUUACCCGAAGGGUUUGUACUGAAAACAAAGGAACAAAAAAGAUUGGAAAGAGAAGCUCUUGAGAAUCAACCAAAAAUUACAUUAGAAGAUUUUAUUGAAACUGAGAGAGAAAAACUGGAUAAAAACAAAUUAACACCGAUAACGGUGGAAAAUUUUGCUGAAUGGAAAAAAAAACAUGUUGUAGAAAGAAUAAAUGCACAAGAAAAGGCCAAAUUGCAACAGAAUGGUGGCAAGAAGAAAUUAACUGGCCGUGAAGUCAUUCAGAACUUGAUGCAGGAAAACAAGAGUAUGGGUAGCGACACAUUUGUUGAAGGCAAUAUAGAAGAAGAUGCUACAGAUAAACCAGAGGGAGAGAACAAUGAUAAUGACCAUGGUUCUGCUUGGGAUUUGACUGAAUUCACUGAUGCUCUAAAAGAGGCAGAACAUAAAGACGACAGUAAGAUUAAAGAUUAUGGUGAUGGUUCAAAUCCAACAUUUGGUAUUAUGGGUAAUUAA